GUCCAUAUCGAUGAUGUAAUAAGUCUAGUAAAAAUGUAUCGCUACCAAUAUAAUUGAUCGUCAUUACUAGCGCGAACAGAAAGGCUUGUGGUCGCCAAGGUGAACCAUCGACCAAUCCAUAUUGGAGAUAAAGACCGGCUCCUAUUUGCGCUCUGCAUCUGAAAACGACAAUUCUCCAUUGCCAUGAUAACUCAAGCGAAUUUUUCAUGGGGAGUAGUCGACUAUCGGCGUGACGAUGGCUACGCUAUUCAGGGCCGCGGAGACAGAAUGAAACCGCUCAGCCGAACGCUUUCAUGAAGAGAUUGGCUGUAGGAGACUUCACCAGAACAUGCCAUGCAAGACAGCAUAUCAACGAUUCACCAUAACAUGGAUACACGUCCGUGGUUCAUAAUUAAUCAACCAAACGCGCACCUGUUCGGGACGAAUCGUGGAGUGUUGCUAUCGGUCUGAGCAAUAUGGCCGCUCCAAGAAGAAUUCAUCUCACCGCAAUCUCAAGCAAUGCACACUUUCCUCUUCCCACCGUCCCCAAUCCCAGUGACCAAGCUGUCAACCAAGGUUUACCUGCGCCGACGCCAGCGGUUGGACCGCCACCACCCGCGCAUGCUGCAACGAGAGUGGAAUUAAAACUCUUCGAGUCGGAUGAACAAUGCUGCCCGGAGUUUAGCUACCCAGAUUUGAUCAGCGCAAAAGAAACCACUGAAAAAAAGAAACUACAAACAUUAGAAGAGGUGGUGGAGGGCAAGGAGAGAGAUGAACUGGAGGUGCUUGCAAAAAAGUUUGAAGCAAAAUAUGGUGGAGCUGGCAAAAGAAAAAAAGACAGAUUACAGGACCUGGUGGAUAUGGGCUUUGGUUAUGAUGAAUCUGAUUCAUUCAUUGACAACUCUGAGGCUUAUGAUGAGCUCGUCCCAGGUUGUCUCACCACCAGAUAUGGAGGCUUCUACAUCAACUCUGGAACUCUGCAGUUCCGGCCAGCUUCUGGUGAGAGAGAGGAGUACGAGAAUGAUUUUGAGGACAGUGGUUUUAAACCUAAGAAACGAAAGCUUAAGCAAAGAAAAGACAAGAAAUUUGGGAAGAAAAAGAGAGAGGAAGACAUGCUUGCUAAGAAGGACGAGGAGGAAGCCAAGAAGAGCACCCCACCAGACAAAUCAUCUGCAAAGAAGAAGAAAAACAAGAAACUGCUAAGUAUCGAUAAGAUGCUGAAGAAGUUCCAUAAGGAAAAGCUUCAGCAGCUGCAGAUGUUCAACGCUAGAGAGAGAGAUUCGCAUGCUCUCAGUGACACUGGUCUCAUUAUACAAGCUGAGGUUCAAGAACCGCCCAUAUCAGCUGACCCUCUUCUCACACUCAUUGGUUCUGCCAGUGCAGACGACCUCCUUCAAGCAGUCAAAGCAGCAGAGCAAGACUUUGACUUAGAUGGACUCUUGGGGGAGGCGCAGAACGUCUGCUCUCCAAGCAUGGAAGAUAACGGAGAUGCUCUGGUAGUGUCCGUCGAUGAGAAACCCCACACAUUACUUCCCGAUGGUCUGCCACCUACACUAGAGCAACACAUUAAAGAACUCUCAGAAGCUGUCAAGAAAAUUGAAGGACACAAGAUGGAGAUUUUGUCUUCAGAGCUCAACAGUGUUCUUCUAGAUGUGGAGGUGAACUCUAAACAGCUUAUUGGGAAAGUACGAUCCAGAAUCUUCUCAUACUUGGCAUCACAGAUGUCCUGCAGCAAAGGCACUCUGGUUAAAAGAGCCAAAAAACUCCACAGUCUCCAACAGGAUGAACAGCUGCGGGAGCUGCUGAAGAAGCUGGAGAAUGCGGUUGGCAGGUCCAUGCCAGAACAGAUCACCCGUUUCCAGAAUCACUGCCAAGCUCACUCUGAAGCCAGAGCUGCCAAACUCGAGGCUGAGAAAGAGAAGGUAAUUGAUGGUUCCGAUGAGGAAGAAGAGGAGAGGAGUGGAAAACGAGUGUUUGGGCCUCGCAAGAGGUUCAGAUGGAAUGAAGAGAUCAGGGAGUUGCUCUUUGAGAUUGUGAAUUUGAAGAUGAUUAUUUAUGACUCUGAGUCGCCUGCAUGCUCUAGUUUGGAAGAGUAUCUGAAAGGAUUCCUAGAGGCUGAUAUUAAACCACUUUGGCCUAAAGGAUGGAUGCAAUCCAGGAUUCUGCUUAUAGAAACCCGAAAAGCACAUGGCCAUAUCACUGGUGUUGUGGCAAGAAAGAAGCCAAUGGGUACAGCAAAACUAAAAAAGUUCAGCGCCACCCCUGAGGACAGUAAGAAUAACCCAGAAACUCAGGGCCCACCAGCACUGAAACGCAAGCGUCUGAGUGUACCUGCGAGCAUGCAACCUGAAGCCACGCUGAGCACCACUGCCAAAACGCCAUCAAACACACAAACCUCUGCCCCCUUCUCCAUCCACCCAUCUAAUCAGAGUCACAAGGAAGGUAACAAGAUUGAGAACCAUCAUACCAGCACUCAGAGAAGUCUGGUGACCGCAGAGGGGGCUGGACCAAUCCAGAUGAUGUGGACCAAGUCUGCUAUGGAUUCCGAUUCAAAGUGGCUCCAGGCUGGAGAGAAGGCGGCUCCAAAACUGACGCUGGUGGCGCCGCCGUCAGAUGGUGCUCAGGGUGACUGUCCAUCGGUGGUGCAGGGAGUGGCCAGGCUGCUCACUACCACCUCAGUGGGCGACACCCCUGUUUCUAUGGCAGCAGCAGCUGGUGAGAUCUCCUGUGGGAACCCAGCGCUUCCCACCCCUUCUCUAUCCCUCCUUCCGUCCUCCUACCCCACCACAGUACAGCCGGGUGUCUUACCGAGCUUUGCCCCCCUGCAUGCUCUCCCAUUCCCUGGACUCAGCCCUGGCACCAAACUCCCUGGACAGCCUCGGGCCUGCAAAGGAGCUGUUUUUCCUGGCCCAGCACCCGGAACUUUCCAGCAUGGUCUGGCACACGAUGCGCCUCUUUCUGGCCAGUCCCUUGGCUCCAUCCUUGAGUUUAGAGAAGCAGCCGGUGCGCUGAAGGAAGCAGAGUCUGAUGUGAGACUUGGAGGAGUGGAUGUGAAAAAGGAAAAAGAUCUUGCCGCAUCCCUUAAUGUCACAAGAAUACCAUCACUACGGCUGUACCUGUCUGGAAACAAGAACAAUCCAGUGUACUGUCCAGAUCUUAAGAGCUCUGCCACAAUCCUGACAUGGCUUGAAAGAAGAAAAGGGCAGAGCGCUAACAUCAUCAGUAAUCUCACACAGCUGGAAAAAUUCAUAGGAGAAGAGGAGCUUGUGGUGCUGGGAUUAUUUAAGGAUCUUGAGGAAGACAUAGUGAAAGUGUUUUAUGAAACAGCCGCUGACAUCGCAGACCUGCCCUUUGGAGUAACAGGAAAUGAUGAGAUCUUCAGCAAGUAUGAGAUCAGUGGAGAUACCGUUCUCCUCAUCAGAAAGUCUAAACCUGACAAGCAGUUUGAGCUGGGAAGCAGCACAGUGAAGACAGAUCUUGUUCAGUUUAUCAGACUGUAUGAGAUGGAACUUGUGACCGAGUACAAUGGCGAGACAGCAUCCAAGAUCCUGAACUCAGUGGUGCUGAACCAUUUUCUUCUGUUUAUUAAUAAGACUGAGGAAGGAUUUGAAGAGACAUACCUUGCUUUUAAAACCACUGCGGAAAAACUCAGAGGGAAGGUUCUGUUUGUGAUGAUGGAUGUGAGUGAGCCACGGAAUGGCCGAGUUAUGGAGUAUUUCCGUGUGAGAUCAGAAGAAGUGCCUCAGAUCCGUAUGGUCAAUUUAUCAGACCACGUUCAAUACCAGCUGCCAUCUGAUAAGUUUGACACACAGACUCUUUUAGAGUUCUGCCUAAAAUACCUGGAUGGGAAAGCAAAGCCUAAACUGCAGAGUGAGUCAAUUCCUGAAAACUGGGACACGCAGCCAGUGAAAGAGCUGGUCGGGAUGAACUUUGAAAUAGUGGCCUUCAACCAUAACAAAAAUGUCAUUGUCUUGUUCUAUGCACCUUGGAGCAGCGAAAGUCGUGCACUGUUUCCAUUGUGGGAAGAGCUUGCUGAACACUUUCGUGAAAAUGAAGAUGUUGUUGUUGCCAAGAUUGAUGUUACUGCAAACGAUGUAAACAUUCAUCUAAGAGAAAAAUACCCAUCAAUCAAAUUAUUUCCUGCCGUUUAUUCAGAGAGGGUAGUGCCAUAUUCUGGCAAGAGGAAGCUGAAGCCUAUUGUAACAUUUAUGAAAAAAGAGAUUGAGAAAGCCAAAACAGACAAAGCCAAGGAGGAGGAACGGAGGAAGAAAUAUCUGAAUGAACAGAAGGCUGCUGUGAAAGAGGAACUCUGAUCACUCACUGAAUUUACAAAAGGGAAAAAAACAGACACCCUCAAGCAUUC